AUGAUUACGUUGCCGAAUUCAUAUAACAGCAUCGAUGGAUAUGCGAAAGAUCUCAUUGAAUUCAUUGGCACGUCCCUAGUCCGCCAGAUUACCGGUGACAUCCACGUCAACGACUCACUCAUCCACAAUGCCUGGGACGCCUUACCCACCGACUGGACAUCGUGGUGGAUGUUGUUUUCAGAUCAUCGCAUAGCCCAGCAAGACUUGAUCGACAGCAUUGAAGAGUCAGAACUCUCAUUACCAGCAAAUGACGAAGCAGAUGAAAGCCAACGGCAUCGACCCUUACCAAAUCGGCCAGAGUCGCUGUCUAAGUGGCUCAAGAGCAUCCAGUCACUCGCCCUUCCACGAAACCAACGGCCCGGCAAGACCAUCACGCUACCAGAGAUCCUAAUAAGUCGCAUGAAAACCAAAAAGAUCGCAGAAGUCUCCACCGCCGCCGCAUACAUCCACAACGUCUGCCAAACCAACAACAUGACCCACAUCAUCGACAUGGGCUCAGGCCAAGGCUACCUCUCCGUCGCACUAGCCUACCUAUUCCCAGAGCUCCACGUACUAGCAAUCGACGGCAGCGAGUCCCAAAUCGCAGCUUCAAAAGCAUGUGCGGCCAGUCUCGGUAUUCCCGAAAGCAGAAUCCAGCAUAUGCAGCGCUACAUCGACGGCACGCCACCUUUGGCUGAUGAGAUAGCUGCCUGGGCUGGAGAGGAGCGGUGCAUGCUCGUCGGCCUCCAUGCGUGCGGGAAUUUGUCUGAGCAUAUGCUGCGAUACUUCACCACCGUACCGUUCAUUGUGUGUCUGGGUGCCGUCGGAUGCUGCUAUAACCACAUCGUCCCGCGUUCCGCCGCUUGUCCUGAGGGAUUCCCUAUCAGUUCAAAGAUGCGAGAGGAAAACGUCACGCUGAGUGCUACGGCGCUUAUGACGGGCUGCCAGGCGCCGAAUAACUGGGAAAGGGCAGAUCCGAGCAAAGAAGAAUCGGUGUACUCCAAACGACGCUUCUACCGAGCCUUAUUGGAGAAGAUUUUCCACGAUAAAGGGAUAGAGCUCGACAAGGAGGAUAGACCGGUGUGGGGUGUGCGGAAGGGAGACAUGGCUAGCUUUAACGCGUUCGCACGCAGAGCAAUGGGAUGCCUGAACGUUGACAAGAGCAAAAUUAGCGAUGCUGAUCUGUCGGAUUACGAGGAAAGGUAUCGGGGGUAUGAGGGUAAGGUGGCAAUCCUCUGGACGCUCAGUGUGCUGUGCUGCAAGGUUGUCGAGAGCGUGAUUGCUUUAGAUCGCUACUUGUUCCUGACGGAGAACGGGGGGCAGAACGUUGAUGUCGUGCCGAUCUUUGAUUAUAGAAUAUCACCGCGGAAUCUGAUGCUCGUGGCUGAUAAGACAUAG